UGCCACAGAAAAUUGAAGCAAUGGCUAUGUCUUCCACCACCACCACAGUAUGCAUCCCUGCUAAGAACAUUCCAACCCCUCAACCACCAAAAUUCGGUUUCUCAAACACCAUCGCUUUUACUGUGAAACCGCGUAGAUCACUACGCAUCAGAAACUCCUCAUCCGAGACCUCAAACACAGAGGUUGAAUCAGAGAGUUCCAUCGAAGUUCCAAAAGAACCGCCAUCUUUGAUUUCUUCUGCUAACGUCGAAAGAAUUCUCCGCGGCUUACCAAUUACAGAUGCGGAUCAUUAUGGUAGGCUAGGUGUUCCUAGAGGAUGUCCCUUUGACAUGGUGGGGGUUGCGUAUAACAUCAAGGUUCAAGAAUUGAAGAGUCAGAAUUUAGAGGAGGAGGAACUAGAGAAGAAAUUGGAACUUCUGAAAGAAUCGUACACUAUUCUGUCAUCGGAAGAAGAAAGAAGAAUAUACGACUGGAGCUUGGCGAGAGUGGAGAAUAGAGAGGAAUUCGUUUGGCCGUUCGAGGUUGACAUAACACAGACAAAAGUUCCAAAAGAAGAUCCUCCACCACAGGAACCCGAGGAUGUUGGACCAACUAGAGUGGUUGGAUAUUUUAUAUUGGGAUGGGUAAUGUUGUCGUUUGUGUUAUCUAUUGCACUAAACUUAUGAAAAAAAUACCAAUUUCUCAAUGUUUUAAGCUGAGUUUGGAGCAUGGAUUUGUUUUUUUUCCUUCUCUUUAUAUGAUAUGAAAGGCAAUUUUUGCUUUAA